UGCGCAGUCUGUGGUGGCGGCGCAACGCCUGGGGGAAGGGAAGUCGACGGGUUUUUGAAUCGCUGCCCCUGGGUUGCUUUUUUUUCUUCUAACAGGAUUUGAUCACUGGUUCUCCAUCUUCGGUCUGUCGAACGCAUCCCGCCCUCUCCCUCUCUUCCCCAUUCCUUGGAUCCAGCCCUGAGCGUUCACGUCAGCCCUCUUACCCCGUCGUGAGCCCCUCCCCGCCCCCGGGCGGGCCUGGCGCGGAGGCGGUAACUAUGGAGAACAUGGCGGAGGAGGAGCUGCUACCCCUGGAGAAGGAGGAGGUGGCCCAGGUCCUGACCCCGGCCGGGGACUCGGCUCUGGUCCCAGCUCCGGCCCCAGAUUCGGCUCUGACUCCUGGCUCGGCUUCAGCCCCAGACCCUGCCCAGGCUCCGGCCCUGUCCCCGUCCCUAGCCUCUGUCCUUGAGGAAGCUGAAAGCAAGAGACACAUCUCAAUUCAAAGGCAGCUUGCUGAUCUCGAGAAGUUAGCUUUUGUAACUGAAGGGGAUAUUGACUCUGCCAGUUCACUGAACUCUGAUAAUCUUGAUGCAGGAAACAAACAGUCUUGCCCACUGUGUCCUAAGGAAAAAUUCAGAGCUUGUAACAGUCAUAAGCUUCGUCGGCAUCUUCAGAAUUUACACUGGAAAGUCUCAGUUGAAUUUGAAGGUUACAGGAUGUGCAUCUGUCACUUACCUUGUCGACCAGUGAAACCAAACAUUAUUGGAGAACAGGUCUUCAUCACAGCCAAAGAAAGAAAAAAGAAAAAAAUUGCCUUCAACAGCAGUAAGUACAUUGACUUGCCCAUCAACCUAACCCAAACUUCUACUCCUAAACCAUCUAAUGAAAUUUUGAAAGAAGCAGACACAGAUGUACAAGUUUGUCCUAACUAUUCCAUACCUCAGAAAACAGAUUCCUAUUUUAAUCCCAAAAUGAAACUAAAUCGACAACUAAUAUUCUGUACGUUGGCUGCUUUGGCUGAGGAACGCAAACCUUUGGAGUGUCUGGAUGCCUUUGGAGCCACUGGUAUAAUGGGAUUGCAGUGGGCCAAACAUCUUGGAAAUGCAGUCAAAGUCACAAUUAAUGACUUGAAUGAAAACUCUGUAACAUUGAUUCAGGAAAACUGCCAUUUAAACAAAUUGAAAGUUGUGGUAGACAAUAAAGAAAAGAAAGAGAGUGAUGAUAAUCUUGAGGAAGGAGAAGAAAAUCUUGGUAAUAUUAAGGUGACCAAAAUGGAUGCCAAUGUACUAAUGCAUUUGAGAUCUUUUGAUUUCAUACACCUAGACCCUUUUGGAACAUCUGUGAACUACCUAGAUUCUGCAUUCAGAAAUAUAAGAAACCUUGGCAUAGUAUCAGUGACUUCUACAGAUAUCAGUUCCUUAUAUGCCAAAGCACAGCAUGUUGCACGACGUCACUAUGGAUGUAACAUUGUCCGAACUGAAUAUUAUAAGGAACUAGCAGCCAGAAUUGUUGUAGCUGCAGUGGCAAGAGCUGCAGCCCGAUGUAACAAAGGCAUAGAAGUACUGUUUGCAGUGGCUCUGGAGCAUUUUGUUUUGGUGGUUGUGAGAGUUUUGAGGGGACCUACUUCAGCAGAUGAAACAGCCAAAAAGAUUCAGUACUUAAUCCAUUGUCAGUGGUGUGAAGAAAGAAUUUUUCAGAAGGAUGGUAAUAUGGUAGAAGAAAACCCAUAUAGACAGUUGCCAUGUAACUGUCAUGGAAGCAUGCCUGGAAAGACAGCAAUAGAACUUGGACCUCUGUGGUCAAGUUCCCUUUUUAAUACUGGAUUUCUCAAAAGAAUGUUAUUUGAAUCUGUUCACCAUGGAUUGGAUGACAUUCAGACCUUAAUAAAAACAUUAAUCUUUGAAUCAGAGUGUACUCCUCAGAGUCAGUUUUCAGUUCAUGCACCUUCAAACCUCAACAAGCAAGAAGAAAAUGGUAUAUCUGUUAAAACUCCAGAUGAUAUCACAGCAGAUUACACUGCCCAAGGAAAGAGAAAAAAUAAUGAAAUAAUUACAAAUUUAGUCAAGAAGCAAAAGACUGAGGUCAUUACUGAACAUCCUCCCUUCUAUUACAACAUCCACAGACACAGCAUUAAAGGAAUGAACAUGCCAAAGUUAAAAAAGUUUUUGUGCUAUCUUUCUCAAGCAGGCUUUCGAGUAAGCCGAACUCAUUUUGACCCAAUGGGUAUUCGUACAGAUGCACCUCUGAUCCAGUUUAAAUCUAUCCUUUUAAAGUAUAGCACCCCCACUUACACUGGAGGACAAUCAGAAGGCCAUGUCCAGUCAGCAUCAGAGGAUGCAGUAUCCGACAGGGUGGAAAUGUCAGUGGAUGACAAAGCUGAAGCAGGUAGCUGCAGAAGAUGGUAAAGAGGGAAGAAUUUAUUCUCAGGUGUCCGUAUAGGUGGCGCGAUGGUUCUGUGCACCAACUGUAGUUUUGUUCCUGUUCUUUCAAUUCAGUGAUAUGAAAAUAAAAAAGAGUGCUGCUUUCAUUCAGAAAAUUAGCAGUUUCUAACUUAGCUGGUUUGGAAGCUUUUCAAGUUUUUCUUAUUUUAAAGAAAACUUAAAAUUUUAAUGGAAACAUUUCAUAUGAAGCCAAGGUUCUGACUGAGAUCACCCUAUUUAGUAAUUCAGUAAAUUUUCACAUGGUUAGUGUUAAGAAUUCAUGUACAUUAUGGAAGGCAUCCUUUACUAUUCUUUUUUUCCCUUUAGUGUAGCAGAUCAAACUCUGGGGCCUCAUACUUUGCUAGGGAGGCACUUAGCACUGAGCUAAAUCCCUAACCUAUUUAAGGCAAGAUCUUGCGGUGUCACCCAAGCUGGUCUGAAAAUCCUAAAUUUAAUCAAACCUGCCUCAGCUUCCUGAAAAGCUAGAACUACAAAUGUGUACCACCAUGCCCAUGUUAUGCUUUACCAUUCUUUU